GUCGUCCAAUCAGAUUCUCUUAGAGGCGGGACUUAAUACGUCAUCAGCAGGAUGGGGGCGACGGUUUGACAGCAACGUCAGGAGGCUAACAGUCAGCAGAGGAGAAGCUUCCUGUGUGUAGUCUGUUAUUUGGAUCGUUGGCCUGUUCACGUCGAUAUCAUGACAUCCACCAUAGACGAAAGUAAUAAAGAAAAGAUGCGCUCUGUGUCUGUGGAUCUAAACCAUGAUGCCUCUCUUCUUAUUGACAUUCCUGACGCACUCUGUGAAAGGGACAAAGUCAAGUUUACUGUCCAUACUAAGACCACACUUAGCUCUUUCCAGAAGCCAGAUUUCUCUGUUCCCAGGCAGCACGAAGACUUCAUCUGGCUACAUGACACUCUGAAUGAGACGGAGGACUAUGCUGGCCUAAUAAUUCCUCCAGCACCUCCAAAGCCUGACUUUGAGAGCCCAAGAGAGAAGAUGCACAAACUGGGGGAAGGUGAAGCCACCAUGACCAAGGAGGAGUACACUAAAAUGAAGCAGGAGCUGGAGGCUGAGUACCUGGCUGUGUUCAAGAAAACUGUCCAAGUGCACGAAGUCUUCCUGCAGAGAUUGUCCUCUCACCCCACUUUAAGCAAAGACAGAAACUUCCAGAUUUUCUUAGAGUAUGACCAGGAUCUCACUGUGAGAAGAAAGAACGCCAAGGAAAUGUUUGGAGGAUUCUUUAAAAACAUGGUGAAGUCAGCUGAUGAGGUCCUUAUCUCAGGAAUAAAGGAAGUGGACGACUUUUUCGAGCAGGAGAAGACAUUCCUGCUGGACUACUACAGCAAGAUAAAAGAUUCCACUGCCAAAGCAGAGAAAAUGACCCGCUCGCACAAAAAUAUUGCGGAUGAUUACAUUCAUAUCUCUGCCACCCUGAACAGUCUCUCUGCCGAUGAUAGCACAGCAAAUAAAAAGCACCUGGAGAAGUUGUCAGACCUGUUUGAGAAGCUCAGAAAAGUAGAGGGAAGAGUAGCGUCUGACCAGGAGCUGAAACUCACAGAGCUGCUCAGAUAUUACAUGAGAGACAUCCAGGCCGCCAAGGACCUUCUGUACAGGCGAGCCCGGGCUUUAGUUGACUACGAGAACUCGAACAAGGCUUUGGAUAAAGCUCGACUGAAGAGCAAGGACAUUCCCCAGGCAGAGGAGCACCAGCAGCAGUGCCUGCAGAAAUUUGACAAGCUCUCGGAGUCUGGGAAGAAAGAACUGACCAGUUUCAAGGGCAGGCGUGUUGUGGCCUUCAGGAAGAACCUCAUAGAGAUGGCUGAGCUGGAGAUAAAACAUGCCAAGAACAAUGUGACUCUAUUGCAGGGAUGCAUUGACCUGCUCAAGAGCAACUGACAAGUAUUCAAGUAUUCCUGUCCUACCAUCACCAAGUGACCAGACAUAGAAAAUGGAAACCCGGCGUCCCCCGGGACCUUGUAUGGACAUGAAUCCAAGCCCCAUCUCUGCUCCCACCCAUGGGUCUGAUGCCACUUUAAAACCCUGCACGAGACCAAGCGUCUUGUAAGCAGAAUGUCUUCAUGUUUACAGAGUCCCUGUCCUCUGGUCCGCGGUCCAUCCUUUUCCAUUAUUUAUGGAAGUCUAACUCGAUGUGAAUUCCUCUAGAGAACGAGGCUGCCAACAUUUAAGGUCUUCCAUUACUUUUCAGCACCAAUAGAGGUGAUUUAUCUUUUUUCCCAAUUUCUUGUUUUCUUAUUUUUACAUUCUGCACAUAGUAAAAAUCUUGCCUUUUUGAUCAUUUUUUGCCUCCGUAAAUUCAAAGCUCUUCUCUCAUGUACACUUUUAAUUUUUUUAAAAGGCUUAGAGCAUGUUUUUUUUUCGCAUAGCCAUAACCUGAGUUUUAUGAUUCAUAUGCUUAACCUUUUGGGGCUUUUUUGUUUGCCAUUGGAACAGUUUUACAGAAGCAAAACUAGUGCCUGGAAAAAAAUACAUCCUCAUGGUCUGCAUUCCUGGGCUCUGAGAUUAGUGUGCUACCAAACCAACCCUCUAGUAAGAAAAACCCCAAACUGACUUAUAAGACGAGACCGAUCAUCUUCAAGUGGUCUAAAAAUAGCUGCUCUUCACCUCAGGAAUGGACAGUUGGAUCGGUCCCCACAUUCUUGUUUGUAGGAAGUUGCCUCAAAUGCCACAGUUAUCAAAGAUGCACAUUAGAUUUCAGAAAGAGGUUGGUGAGGAGAAGAAGUCAAACAGGCUAUUUAAGCAUCUAGCAUUUUUCUCAAAGCAAAAUCAACAUUAGUAAUGACUCUGAAUUUGCAUUUUCCAUUUAUUUUCACAAGGCAUGCGUAAUACCCCUGCGCUACAUGUAUCACAUCCUCAGCAGCUUCUUCACCCCAACCACUUUUCAGUGUAAUUAUUGUUUUUCAUUAUUUUGCCCUAAAUUCCCCCUUUUAUUAUUGAUGGGGUCUACUGUAUCAGACCUGAUAUAUUUACCAGAUCCUCUAAACAUUCUGUUUAUUUAAAGCAGAUAUAAAAAGAAAAAAGAAAGAUGCACUAAGGAGAUGAAAAACACUUUAAAAUCAUGACCAGGCGCAGUGGAGUGUUGAAAUGCAUUAUAGUUUUUUAAGAAAUUGAAUGUAUUUCUAUUGGAUUCCAACUGUGUGAAUUCCUUUACAUUUUGCUUUUCUUACAGAACAUUAGCAUUUUUAUAAAUUUGUAAUAAUGGCAUUGAAUAAAUCCUACUUUCCCAAGAUUGA